UUCUAGUCCUACAUCAUCAGGUGGCGCUAGUAGUAUAACUGCUAUAAAUAACAAGUUUACCACUGGUUCUAGUACCGAUGUAACCAAUGGUAACCCUCCAAUAAUCAUUAAAGAUUACCAACAGAGUCCUUUAUACAGCCCCAGCCCUCAGAUGCCAUCCACACCAAAUACUCUACGCUAUAUGCAACAUUCUACUCCCUCUAGAUUAUUCCAUCCACGAAGAAAGUCAACAAGUGUACCAGCUGCUUUUCGGAAUACGUCGACAACCACAUCACCUAAUAGUUCCACUAGUGGUAGUUCAUCUAUUACACCUCAGCCAGCUUCUAGAAAGAAAAGUUCAUCAUCUAAAGAUAGUACAACGUCUACAUUAACUCCAUCACCUUCCCCGACACCUGGAAAGGUCGGAGAAGAAGCUACGAUAGCACUUGCAUCAUUGAGAGAAAAAGAAUCUUGUGAUGCAGAAUUAUCUGGAAUAUUGAAGAAACUGUCACUUGAGGAAUAUCAACCUAUUUUUGAACAGGAGGAGGUUGAUAUGGAAGCAUUUCUAACUCUAACUGAAAAUGAUUUAGAAGAACUUGGUAUCGCUCAGUCUCAUUCAAGACGUCAAAUAUUAUCAGCUAUUUCAGAACUUAAUACAGGCAAGGGGAAGGAAAGACAACAGUUUCAUGAUACGAUGACAUCUUUUCAAAGUACUUUAAAAUCAAGAAUACCAGAAUCAGGAACUGAGAACAGUGAUUUAACGAACUGGGCGAUACAAGAAGAAACAGAUCCUCAUGUUCCUAGUGCUAAAUCUAGAUCCUCAUGACAAUACUAUACAAAAAAUCUAUUACCAGUACUCAACACUGUACCAGAAUUGAAUCUUAAUAUGUCUUAAACAUCCAAAGGCUGAAAAAUCUACAGACAGAUUGUCCACACAAAUGUAUAGAGCUGGUUGUAAUGCAAUGUUCAGUGACAUAAAGAUACAGUGCUAGCACUGUACAUACAAAUAAUGCUGAUGAAAUAAAUAUUUGAUGAGGGUUUAUUCAAGAAUAAACUAAGCUUUGUUGUAUAUAUUGACGAAAUAUUUGUAUUGUAGGACAUAAUAAUAAAUUUAUCAUCUGGCAUAUGGUUCGUGCAAUAUUCAAAAUAGUGGGCUAAACACUCUGCUUUUUGGAGAAAAAAAUUCUAUUUUAUACAGUUCUACCAUUUUUAAUAACUAAAAGGUUUUUAUACACUUAUCUUCACCGGAAUAAUAAUGCUAAACAAUGGCUAAGGACAUAUCUGUUAAAUUCUCAAGUUGCUUGUGCCUGUUUUUUUCUCUAGUACCAUAGAAGAGUAGUUGAGUAUAUAGCUCUCCAUCAUUAUAGCUAGAAUGGAUAUCAACUCACCAUAUUAAAGGAGCCGUUUCAAAUAUAUUUUAGUGAACAAAAUUGGUUAAUUCUGUAUGAAACUUGUAUCAUAGUGUAAUAUUUAAAAGUGAUAAUUUUUCAAAGUAAUACAACAGCUGGUCAAUUUUAUUUGAGAUCGUGUAGUAGUGUCUGGAUAAAUAUGCUUAUGAGUUUGCCUUUUUGUUGUCAUGUUUAUCAUGUCACUUAUUACGCUGAUGUAAACAAUAUUUUGAAUUUUUUAUCUGAAUUAAUUAUCCUUUUUAUAUGCCCACAUUGAAAUGUGGUCGUAUAUUGCUGUCGAUCCUGUAUGUCGGUCAGGCGUCCACAAUUGCUUGUGGACUCUCUAGAAGGGUAACGUUAAUAUCCGAUUGACUUUAAAUUUAAGCACAAUGUUUAAGGUCAUGAGAAGAAGAAGUCUAUUGAUUUUCAACAAUUUCCAAAUCUUGUUGAUGCACUAGAGGCUAAAGUUAUAUAAAUUAAUACAAUGUGUUUAAGGUCAUGAGACAAACAAUCAAAACAAAAUCUAAUGAUUUCUGAUAAUUACUUAAUGGGUUGCUACUCAUAAUUAGAUUUUAGUGUGUUGUAAAUGUUUUCAUUACUAACAAAAGAAAAAAUAUGUGACAACCCUUGUUGACUGCCCGGACGACUUAGCUGCUGUGGGCAUGUUUCAUUGCCUGGCAACAUAUCUUUAAACUAGCUAAGUUUCUAACUCAAUAUAUCUACAGUCUUCGACAUUAAAAACAAAUUAUUUGUCAAUUUAAAUCAACAUUGAUGUUGUGAUCUUACCUGGAAAAGAUGGGCUUCUGAUAUCCAAUAUUUAAGACAAAAUAAACAUUUUACCAUCCCUACACAAAUCGUGUACCAUAAUGCAUUUCUGCACCAUUUGUAACAAGGGACUCGACGAACGAGGCUAGACAUAUUCCACAAGUCAUGUCAAAUGGUGGCGCAAUAUUCUUAUCUGAGAGCAUGCGCAAUAAAUACUAUCGAUGUAGACUGGAAUAACCAGACGCUAGAGAUAGCUAUUUGAUUGAGACUUCUGGCAUAUUUCGCCAAACAUAACUAAUUUGAAAUUACAGUAAAAACAGAAACGAUUGAUUGUAAAUCAGUUUAUCUACAUUUAUAUUACAUUAUUAUAUGCGUUGCGACCCAUUUGUGUCAAUUUCUAGGUCCCAAAUAUUAACGAUUUAGCUCCUUUAAGCUAUUUUGACAAUAAUUUCUAAACAUUUAGAAAGGAUAAAGUCAGUUUGUUGACCUUUUGCUGUUUAAUUUGCAUUCAAUAAUUCACUUCUAAGAACUGAUAGCUGGUGGAAUUUGGAACUGGUCCUUUAUAUUAAAUAAAUGUACAUCAUAAUGUUAUAAUCGGUACAUGUACAGUGCAAGUUAAAAGAUGUAUAUACUGGUAGAUUGCUGUAAAUAUAAUUUAUAUAAUGAAUCACACAUUAAUAUAUUUUGUAUCAUGGUAACUUAUAGUUUUAGAAUGUCAAUAAUAAAUAUGUGUACAUCCGAGUCAUAUGAAUUUAAUAUUGUUUUUAGCUUUUUGGAUUUAUGGCUUAUGUCAUUAGUACUGUUCCUCAUUCAUCCGGUGAACAUAUUUUUGACUUGCUGAAAUGAUUUCAACAAAAUGUCUUCAUACCCACAGAGACAAUUAUCAAUUUUGUUCAGAAUAAAGAACACGAGAUAAUUUAUUCAAACUUGCUGGCUUUGUUUGGUCCAUGAUAGAAGAACCAUAUCAAAACUACACACCAAUUUUAUCAACCGAACCAUUGUAAAUGCUCUACAGUCAAAUUUUUUAUUCCAACUUGCUCAGUAAGUCAUAAGAAGGAACAUAACCAACAUUAGGAGUCACAUAACUGCACUAUCUCUGCAGCCUUUUGAAAACUCUCUAGAUUUCGUUUUUUGUUUGUUGUUUUACAGAUUCAUCUAGGUCAGAAAGUUUGAGUUUUAUAUACUCUUCAACAAAAGUAGGGGAUAUUGAAAUGCAAAUACUGAUGCAAGUUGUGAUAUGAUAAAUAAUCAUGCUUCAAAUGGGUUCUACACAGCGAGCAGUAGCCAACAUGCUUAAUGUGUCACAGUCUGUGAUCAGCAGACUGUGGAACCGGUACCACCAAACACACAAUGCUGAUGAUAGACCUCGUUCAGGUCGUCCUAGAGCCACUAAACAAGCCCAGGAUGGAUACAAAUCGUGGACAAACGGCCAAUCAGCUUUCUGUAAACUUGUACCAAGUUACAGGAAUUCGAGUUACACCCCAAAUGGUUAGAAAUUGGCUACAUGCAGCCCAUUUGCAUGCGCGACAACCACGUGUUGUUGCCUCCAUUAACUCGCCAGCACAUGGCAAACAGGCGUCAAUGGUGUAGGCAGCGUAGAAAUUGGGGUAAUCGUUGAUGGGUGCGUGUAAUGUUCUCAGAUGAGUCCAGAUUUACUCUGGACUUCACUGACAGGCGUGCUCGGGUUUGGAGGCGUGUAAAUGAGCGUCAUGCUAACGUUAACGUCAGACAGCAUGACAGAUUCGGGCGUGGGUCUGUUAUGGUGCGGGGAGGAAUCACCAUGACUGGCAGAAUGAACUUGCAUAUUGUUCAAGGAAUCGUCACUGGUGUGUACUACCAUGACCACAUCCUGGCACCGAUAAUUCUGCCCUUUGCUCAUCGUGCAGGUCGACGUUUCAUCUUUCAAGAUGAUAAUGCCCGUGCCCGUGUCGUGAAUGACUGCCUCCAGCAUCAGCAUAUUGUCCAUAUGCCUUAGCCAGCUAUGAGUCCUGACCUUUCCCCUAUAGACUAUGUCUGGGACAUGAUCGGGAGACGUGUUCGUCGACGUCAACCAACAACACGGCAAGAAUUGGCCUUGGCACUGCAAGAGGAGUGGGUCAUAUUGCCCCAAAUUGUGAUUGGACGGUUGAUUAGGAGAUGCCAUGACGAAUUGCUGAAUUAUUAUUAUUAUUAUUAUUAUUGUUCGAUUUAUAUAUGUCUGAGGAUUGGUGGAACAAUUACUCAUUAUUAAGACAAAAAUCAAAAUCGUCCAUUUUCACUUUUGGCAGUAUAUCUCUUUGCGAGUGAAAUGGGGCCGUCAGAUAAGCCGCCCAUAUGAACUGUUUAUGUUCAUGUGUGGGCAAUUGGCCUGUUAUUAAUAUACAGUGGUUUACCUCUAAUAAAAACAGCAGUGUAUUUCCGCAGUUUUGUACUGUUUCUGAAUAUCCCCUACUUUUUUUGAAGAGUAUAUUUCAGAAUUCUUUACAGAAAAUUAAAGGGUACCUACAUCGACCAUAUUAUGUGGUAUGUAGUUGAACUGAUAGCACAACGUAUUGGUCGUGCGACCUUUCUGACUUCACACAAACGAAGGAUCUGACCGACGACAUUUCAGGCUUCAUAGUAACAAAGUUUCGGACAAUAAUAAAUGAUGAAUAAAGAAAAUAUUGUUGAAAAUUUGUGUAUAUUUAGUAACACUUCUUUGUUUUUCUUUUAUCAAACAGUAAAUGAGCUUGAUUGACCAAUCACUGCUGAUGUUUUUAUAAGCCCACAUUUUCAUGUGGACGUAUAUUGUUGUCACCCCUGUCCGUCCAUCCACAAUUUGUUUGUGGACAGUCUACAGGUCACAAUUUUUAUUUGAUUUUGACGAAACUUAAAAUAUAGGUCUAUCUCCCAAAAAUCUUGGUUCUUUUCGAUAUUGGCAUAAAUCACGUUUUUAGAUUGUGAACUCUACAGGUCACAAUUUUCAUGAAACUUUGAAUGCAUGUUUAUAACCAAAAGAUCUUGAUUCCUUUCAAUAUUCGUGCAUAUUGGAUCCAAACUUUCUGAAUUAUGGCCCUUGAUUGUACAAAAAAUCACGUUUUUAGCUUGUGGUCCCUCUAGAGAUUACAAUUUUUAGCCGAUUUAAGAAAAUCUUUGAAUAUAUCACCGUUACACCUUAAUGAUGGCCGAGUUUGAAUUUCGUGAAAAUCGGACAAAAUGGCCGCCCCUCGUAUACAAAUUGUGUAAAUAUAUGGUAUAUCAAGGUUGCAGCACUUUUGGUCCGAUUUUGAUGACACUUGAAAUACAUGUUUAUAACCCAAAGAUCUUGGUUCCUUUCGAUAUUUUUACGGCCGCGAUUAUCGAAGAUUGAGAAUUUGCUUUUUUCCUGAUCUACCAAAUAACCGUAAGAUUUCUUUGUACAUACUGUAAUAAAAUCGAGAUUAAUGGUAUUAGCUUUAAUUAUCUCACUUUGAUUACUGCCAUUUUUAAGGGCAAAGUUUGGCUUUACCAUGCUAGAUCUAGAACAACAAACAGAUUAUUGAAAGUUUUAUUUGUUAUGUACAUGACCGUAUACAUUAUGAGCAAAGCUACUUGCAUGCUACGUGUAAAAUAUGAAAAUGUUAAAUGAAUCAUAUAGUACAUACAUUGUACAUGGAUCUACCACAACCUGGACAUUAAAUAAGCAAAAAAAAAUAAUUAUGGAACAUUCUUUUUUUUCCUUAAUACUAAUAGACACUCAAAGAUGUCAAAA